AUGUCAGAAAGGUUAUCAACAUCAAAGAGAAGAGAAGCUAUUAGAGAAGAAGUGCGUCGAGGUUCAGUCAAAUUAGAACUUGAGAAAGAAAUUGCCUUGUCAGCAACGACAACUGCUGCUGCAGCUGUUGCUGCUGUUUCCGCAACCCAAACCAAAUCUGACGAUGCUACCAAUCAACAAGAAGAACAACCAGAUCUGAUUGAAUAUCAAGAUGAUGUUGACGAUGAUGAUGAUGAACCAGAAUAUAAUCCAGAUAAAGAUAUUGCUAAUGAAGAAGAUGAUGAAGAUGCUAAUUAUGAUGAAGAUGAUGACGUUGAUGACGAGGAUUUUAUUGAACCAUCAUUCAAACGUGAUGAAAAAUCAAAGCAUAAAUCCACCACCAGCACCACCAAAAAAUCACUCCCCGCCACUUCCGCUACUAACAGAGUAUCAAAACAACCCCAUCCUGAUGUAUUACCAGGUAUGCCAGAACCUCAAACAAGAACAAUCUUUAAACUUGACGAUCCAAAUUCAACAACUUGUGAAUAUUGUGGUAAGAAUUUCCGUAAUGUAAUUGAUAAACGUAAUCAUCGUCGUACACAUUCUCAACCCAAGAAAUAUGAAUGUAAUCUAUGUGGGAAACGAUUCAGUCAAAGACCAAAUGUUAUUCUCCAUAAAACAAGAGUCCAUAAAGAUUUACAAAUAAAUCCCGAAACAUUAAGAACCGAAUUCUCUGACCCUACCACCGCUACCGUCACCGCCAUAGGAUCAUCAUCUGUACCAGAAGAAUUAUUAAUACCCAAACUCGCAGAAGUAAGAGUCUUUCAUUGUGAUAUAAUCGAAUGCACAAAAACAUUCCUAACCUAUAAAGACCUCCUUACUCAUAAAAUCACCGAUCAUAAAAACCAAAAAAUCCCCUCCGUGAGAUCCCUUUCCUCCACCACCUCCACCACAAAUUCUUCCCCACCAACCUCCUCAUCCUCAUCCUCAAAUCGUCCAUAUAAGAAAUCAACCCGGCCCAAAAUCAACAAAUGCACUCAUGAAGGUUGUGACAAGGCAUUCGCCAAGGCAUCAGAUUUAGUCAGACAUAUUAGGGUACAUACGGGAGAAAGACCAUUCAUAUGUGAGAUAUGUAAUGCGGGUUUUAAUCAACGGUAUAGAUUGACUACUCAUAUGAGAGUACAUACUCGUGAAAAACCAUUUGCGUGUAGUUAUUGUGGGAAACGAUUUGCGAGGGGGGAUGCGGUACAAUCACAUAUUUUUGUGAUGCAUAGAUCGAAGGGAGAGGCUAUUGAGAAAUUUCCAGGGAAUUUGGAGGAAUUGAAUGAAUCUUAG